CUCGCCCCUCCCCUCCCCCGCCGUGGGCUGAGCGAGCCGAGAGAGAGGCCGCCGUUGUGCAGGAGAAGCCUCGGGCCUUGGUGAAGCGUCGGCGGGAUUUUUUUAAGUGAAAACGCCUGCGGCCCAAUCUCCGAAAGAUGAAUGGCGAUAUGCCUCAUGUUCCUAUCACAACGCUGGCCGGCAUUACCAGCCUCACCGACCUGCUGAACGAGCUCCCCCUACCGUCACCGCUCCCCGCCACCACCAACAAGUCUCUGCUGUUCUCUCCGCGUGUGGCCGAGGAUGCCGCCCGCCUGCUCUCGUGCCGGGAGGAUGCCCUGGUGGCCCAGCUGUGCCACGCUCUCGCACAGGUCUCCACCGAGCACAUCGAGGUGAAGGAGAGUGUGGGCGGUUCCGAGGAGCCUGAUGGCGACGUUCCAGCCCUUCUACAGUCAGUGCUGGCUCGGAGUCCCUCUGUGUUCAAGGAGAAGAGCCUCCAGUCUCGCUAUGGAGUGCAGACCCUGGCGCCCCGUACCCCCAUGGUUGCUUCACCGUAUGUACAGCCGUCCAACAGCCGCAUGCACUCCCCGAACAUCCUACAGCCGUCACCCAGCGCCUCGAACUCCCUCCCGCAUGCGCAGGGCCUCAUGCAGCAGCCCCUGUUGCAGCACGGGGGAGGGGCAGGAGGAGGAGGAGGAGGUGGGGGCCACGGGGGCGGGGGUGGAGGGGCUGGUGGAGGAGGUGGGGGCGGAGGAGGAGGAGGAGCAGGAGGAGGAGGAGGACAGUACAAGCUGUCACAAAACUCGAUGCACGGGAGCCCUGUGUCAGCCUCCUACCAGCCGGCCUCCAUGCCUCCCAGUCCCUCUAGUAGAUACAUGGUGAUGUCCGGCUCUGGCUCUGGCCGGUUCCACCCCCAGCAGAGCAGCCCGGCUCCCUCCCCCUACGCCCCUCAGAGCCCCGCGGCCGCCGCCUUCCUCGCCUACAGUCAGCACCCUCCCUCCUACAGUCAGCACCAGCAGCUGCAGCAGCAGGCACCUCUGCUCUCCGCUGGGGUCCCUCUGCGCCCCAUGAGUGACGGAGCUCCGCUCGGAGCGGCCGGCUCCAACACCGGCGGUGGCCACCACCACCAGCAGCAGCAGCAGCAGCUGCAGCAGGGCGGCGGUGGUGGUGGUGGCGGUGAAGAGGAGCAGCAGGGAGCGACGGGGCAGUCAGCGGUGUCACUCUUCCCAGGACGCGUGCCGGAGUCUCCGAUCGGCCAGGACGCUGGCACCAGUG